AUGUGCAGGGGCCUUUAGUAUAUUUGAGUAGGGAACUGAUUUGUUGUGCGACAUGUGAAUUUUUACGGCAAUUAAUUAAAAAAUUAAAAAUUGACCAAAAUCCGAAAUACGAGCACAAAUUCAUCAACAGAGAAUGGUGAAUAUUAAAGUAUACAUGCUGAUAUAUGUAAAUAUAUAUCUUUUGUGAAUGUUAACAGAAGAUAAAUGAAUUUGCAAGACAGUCUGUUUGUCGAGGAUGUCAAAUAUGACGUAACCAUCUUUACGAAGGAUAAGACACGUAAAAGAGCGCUCGUCUUUCCGCCCAUUGACAAUUAUCGUCGGUACUUAAUACAUCAGCUGAUACAGGAUCACUUCUCAGAUUUGCUGCACACGUUCUCGAUCGGCCAAGGCUCAGCUAGACGUACCGUAGUAUGUUUCAAGAAUGAUGUAAAAAGAGAUUGGAAUCUAAAUCCGAAUAUUCUUGAAUGUAAAUUAAAAUUUGUAACAAAACAAAAGGACACGACUCACGGAAUGGGUAUCGAAGAUCGAUGUUUGCCUUCGACGUCUACAGAAUCCAAACUACAGCGACAAGCUAAAUUGAUACCAACGGUUGAGAUUUACAGGCCACCAGCGGCUAGGAGGGCUAACAAUUCAUUACAUAUAAACACAAAUACUCAAAUGCAAUUAACUACAGAUUUUUCUUCGAUCAAGAAUAUACGUCAGAAACGACCUGAUCGAGCGGUUUAUGUACCUAGACAUCGCCGAAGUUUAGAAACUGAGGAUAAGAAGCCACAAAAUUUGAAAGUUUCUCACCGGACAUUAAAUGGAGAUUCAAAUGUGAAUAAUGAUUGGAAAUUACAGGAUAUACAUUGUAAUAGAGAAGAUGCAGACGAUACGACUUCAAAUAAUGUAUAUUAUAAUCAACAAAAUGUAGACAAUACGAUUUCAAAUAAUCAAACUAUCGAAAGUGGCAAUACAAAAAUUAAGGCUAAACAUCGAAAGGUUUUAGAAAAUGUAGUUUCUUUAGAUCUUGGGAAAAUCUCUGAUACUCUCGAUAGUGUUGAACACAUACAUAAGUUUUCGGUACUAAAAGAAGACAUGUCAACUUUAUCUGAAGUAAAAGAAUUUGUCACAAGUAAUAAUCUUGACGAAAGUAGUACUAAUUUUAAUCUAUUAAAAACAUCUAAUCAAAUUGAAAUUAAUGACGAACAAUUAGGAAAGGUACAAGAAACUGUAAAAGAAAAUCAAUCCAAACAUUACAUUUGUAACAAUGUAAUCAAUUAUAAAGAUAGACAACUAAUUAGGCAGAAUGUAAUUGAUUCAAAUGUUCUAAUAAUUUCUGAUACUGCUCAAAAGACAUUUGAACAACCUGGACAACUGUCUCCAAUUAUUGUUACACCACCUGAGAAAAAAGUAAAAAAGAUAGAAAGACAAAAAAGUAAACCAGUUUCGCCACCUACUCCACCACUAAAAAUCAACAGAGACGAAUGCGAUUGGGAUAGCUUAUUUGAUGAUAAUGGCGACUGUUUAGAUCCAACAUUAAUAGAAGAGCUUACGUCAGCAGUAGGUGAAGUAGUAAUAGAACAGCCAAAAAACGAUUACAAGGCAUACAAUAAGCAAAUUGAAGUGUCCGGUGACGAAUUUGCACAUGUUGUAGAAAUUUAUAAUUUUCCUUCCGAGUUCAAAACUAGCGAUUUAGCGGCUGUCUUCAGUUCUUUUAAGAACGGUGGUUUUGAAUUAAAGUGGGUAGAUGAUACUCAUUGUUUGGGAGUUUUCAGCAGUCCUCUCAUUGCUGCCGAAGUGUUAGCGUCAAAUCAUCCAUUUGUGAAAACGAGACCACUUAGUGAAGCUACUGCUUUGAGUAAAACAAAAGCUAGAAGAAGCGCAGAAUUUUUACAACCUUAUAGGAAUCGUCCCGAAACUUGCGCUGCCUUAGCUAGGAGAUUAGUUACAGGUGCAUUGGGCGUGAAACUUGCCACAGCUAGACAAGAACGUGAGCACGAAAAAAAUAUAUUACGUGAAGCAAAAGAGAAAAGAAGAUUAGCCAACAAACAACGAGAGGAUGCUUGGGAAGAAUAUAGCGAUAGGAGUCGCAGCCUAAGCAGUACUAGGGAGGCUCGAGCAACUCGCAGAAUUAAUUUUGCAAAAUCAGUUCCAGAAGAAGCGGAAGAAAUAUUAUAUGCCCCUGAAAUGGUUGAUUAACUUCAGAUUGCUAUCAAAAUUAAGGCCGCUAUUAUAUACUCCAACAGACAUCUCCAAUAAGAAGGCGUUGGAAACAUCAGUUAUAAAACCAAUUAAAAAAGCCUUUUUUUAUCUAUAUAAAUAAAAAUGUAAUUGUUCGUUUGUUUGUCACUUAA